UCAAGAACUUGUUUACCUCCGUGACGCCCUUCCUUGAGGCCUUCACCAUGCCUCUCCCGCCCGCCCUAGCCGCGAAGCUCGCCAAGAGGGGGAUCAUCAACGCCCCCAAGGACUCGGACCCUGAGUCCGCCGCUGGGGCCGAGGAGGAGAUCAUUGCCGAGGACUACGAUGACACCCCCCAGCAGCAGCCCCUCCCACACCCCUCCUACCCCCCCGCAGUGGAGCCCCAGCCGACGGACCCCUACCAGGGCUUCCCAGGGUGCCCCAACAAGUGGAACGUCUUUCACGAGUGCAAUGCGUCCUGCCGUGACCAGUGGAAGGAGCGGAACUUUGUGGACCCGGACUACGAUCGUAAACGCCUCCGUAUGUUGGCCAAGUACCCCCUCCCGGCGCACUGGCAGGAGGUGCUCGACCCUGGCAUCGGCCGUUACUACUACUGGAACAUGGAAACUGAUCUGGUGUCGUGGCUGCCUCCCGGACACGCUCGCUGCCAGGUCUCGCGUUCGGCAGGGACACUCAGGAAGGAAAUGGCCGCGGAGAUGCAUAAAAACAGGCACUCCUCGGACUCACAGCAGGAGACCGAGGGCGAGAUGACUAGGGUGGAGAACGAGGAGGUCAAUGACGCGGAGGACAACAUGAGUGAUAAAUCGGAGGACUCCGGGGACGAGGGAAGCCAGCGCGACAAGAGGGAGGAGAGAUGGGAGCGAGGAGGAGGAGGGAGGGAGAGAGGAGAGAAGGGCAAGGACAGGAGCCGAGGGAGGGACAGGGACCGGAGGGGAGGACGCAGACAGCCGCCCUCCGAGGAACUUGACCCCAUGGACCCGGCCUCCUAUGGGGAUUGCGGACGAGGCACAUGGUCAUCAGGGCUACCACAGAGGAAUGAGGCGAGGACAGGGGCGGACGUGACAGCCAGCGGCCCCCUGUUCCAGAUGCGGCCGUACCCCUCCCCCGGCGCAGUGCUCAAGGCUAACGCUGCCGCCACUACCGUUGGACCCAAGAAGGUUUAGACUGGACCUUUACUGAGUUCCUGAGGUUACCCAUUCUUUAUUAUGCCUGUCCUGUAUCUCGACACCUUUCCUUUCAAUGCUCCAAGUUAAUCAAGGAAUUCAGUUUGCGAGCUUGAAGUCAUUAUUAGAAGCACUGGAUUCACUAUGUAAGCCUCCAUUGGUAAACUUUGGAGGGCAGAAAGUGGGAUUGUGUAUUCAGAAAACAAUAAAACUACUACAGCAAAGUCA